AUGGCGUCGUCGACAUCACUGUCGAGGGCGUCAUCGGCCGAGGAUUUCGAGGCUCUCUCUAGUGUCAAUCUUGCCAGAGGCAAGAGGCUCAAGAGGGACAAUCAUGAAAAAAUUGUCAAACUUUUAAAGAAGCAGGAUUUUGAAAAAAUUAAAAGUGAUUUUGGUUUGGGCAGUGAAGCUAAUGAAAAAGCUGACGGAAAAAGUAGUGAGGUUAUAUGUGAGAACAUGUGUGGCGGUGACAUGGCGGUUGACGUCAACGUCGACGCAGCUAACGGCAGUGCAACGGGCACUCAAGAACCGCUAAUCAUGACUGGUGGCGAUUUCAGCGUCAGUACAGUGACGGCAAAAAGUAAAUGUAAUGAACCUCUUACAACUAUGACAAUCUUUUUUGCUCUAAAUGAUGGCUCGCACACCUUCAAAAGCAAUGUAAUGGCCACAAAUGGCUCAGUACUCGAUCUCUCAUUCACUAACUGCAGCAUGCCCUUAACAUGGAAAACUGAUCCAGUUACUAUUGGUGGCAGCCACCACGUACCCAUUAUUAUAGAAUCCACUGCAAUUCAGGUCACAGAAGUCAAAUUCCUAGCUAAGCACAAACUUAUAGAAAGCCUUCAACAAAUCAAUGUAGAACCAGACAUCAAUGAUAUUCACCACAAGCUUGAGGAAGAGGUCAGGGCUGCUACCUAUACGAUCUCCAAAAAUAGAACACCCAAGCUUCAACAACUGUUACUUGCUGUGGCAACACUAACAUUAUUGUCAAUUGUCUGCAACGCUGCUGUAACCCAAACUUCAUCAACAACCGGAGGGCGAACGUCAGCUGCGGAUGCGCAUGCCAGCCUUGCCCACAAAAACAUAGCCCAUGUCUAUGCAAAUCAUGUGGGAAAACAGCAACAACUCCAACAAUGGCCACACUAUUAUGAUUUUCGUUUCGAGCGGAACAGCAGUAGUGGCAACAAUAAUAAUGGCAUUUCUACUCCCACAGCUACAGCUGCAGACCCAACAGCAGCAUCGACAGUAGCAGAAAAUGCAGCACGAAAAACAACUCGUCGAAGUUAUGGUGGUGCCAGUGGUGGAGAAUGGCAAAAUGCUUACACUAUUGGUGGGAGCGGUAGCGGUAGCGGCAGCGGCAGCGGCAGCAGUAGUUACAACUAUGGGGCAACAAAGCUUAAUGGUCUCACAAAUCUCUCGGGUUUGCGGCACAUUAGUAGCGGCUUUGGCGGCAGUGCUGGUGGUGCAACGGCAAAACAACAAAUACCAAUUUACGAAGAACAGCAAGAAAACGAUUAUGGCGCCGGCACAUUGGGUGCAUCCGGCACAGCAGGACAUAAUGCUGGGGGAAACAAUCAACACGGUGGCAGCAGCAGCAGCAGAAGCUUCGGUAGUAGCGGCAGCGGCAAUGGCUUCGGCAGCAGCGGAGGCUGGGGUAGUAGCGGUAGUAGUAGUAGUAGCAACAGCAAGAGCUAUAACUCUGCUAGUUCUCGCAGCAAUGAUGCCCUCAGUACGGCGCUAUACAAUUUGCACACAGCUGGCACACACAAUGGCUUCCAGUCUUCCUUUGGUAGCAAAUUUUCAUCAGCGAACUCGGCAACUCCUCAAUUCGAAUACCAAGUACAGCAACAACCCCAGCAACAGCUGUUGAGCAACAAAAUCCCCAAUGGCAAUUUUCAGCAUCGUUACGAUCAUAAUUCCGGCGGUUACGAUGAACUUUCAGCCGCUGCUACUUACGCACAUCAGCAACACCAACUGCCAACGGCAUCCGGACUGCAGCAUUUCGGAGCGCACGAUGCUAUCUCCUCCCACCACUCUGGCAUGGAUUCAGCAACUUCAAACGCUGACGUGGACAUUUCAUUUGUCCACCAUCAGAGUGAACAUCAUGGUGGUGAGGGGGGUGAUGGUGGCGAUGGCGGACAUGAAGAGGUAGAGGCUUCGGGACCAUCAUACGAUGAUUCCGCUAAUUAUCUAGCUGAGCAGCACUCAGGUGGUGGUGGUGGUGAGCACGCACCCGAUGUCAUUAACUACAUUCCGUAUCCGGUGGUGAAGAAGGUGCACGUUCCGGUGCGCGAACCCGUCCAGAUUCCCAUUCAGCAUGCGGUUAUCGUGCCCGUCAACAAGCCAGUACCCAUACACAUUCCAGUCACUAAAACUAAGCCUGUGCCGGUUGAGAAGGAGCUCAGAGUACCCGUCGAACAUGUGGUUCCAUAUCCGGUGGAGAGACCAAUACCAGUGCCCGUGGAAAAGCGUGUCCCAUUUGAGGUUAUUAAGUAUGUAACGGUCAAAGUACCGCAUCCAUUCCCUGUGAAGGUGCCAGUGUUCAAGACCAUAUUGCACAAGGUGAAGGGUGGCAAAUGGUGAAGGCCAUAGCGCAAUUAGUGGCCUGCUUUGUUUGGUGCAGCUAUUGUAAAGAAGAAAAGUACACAAAUAUUUUUUCAUAUACAUAUUAGUUUUUUAAGACACGUUCUGCCAAUCAUACAA